UCAUGCAGCAGAUACAUUACACGCCGCUCACCAGUGCUGCUGUUGCUGCGUGCUCUGUAUGUGCACAGUUCUCGGCCGGAAGUGUCUCUCCUGCUGCUGCUGCACAUGUGUGUGUAUGUCUGCCUGACUGCUGGUGUGUACAGAUGCAGGACCUGCCGCACACACAGAGCAGCUCCCUUCCGUACACCGAGGCUGAGCCUGACACUACAGAGACACCUGAUAGCAGCAUUAUAUCACGGCUACAGGAGGGAACUAGAAACGGAAUCCUAUUUUAGAACAAAACAGCUGCAGCGUGUGCGUCAGCCUUUGUAUUGUGUUCACUUGGGAGGAAACAAAGCGAUAAGAGACAUUGGGAGCUGCAAGGAUAUGGAAGAACAACUUUACCUCGAUAUUGACUGUGACCAUGAAGGCACCCUUUUACCUCUUCAUACUUCCAUUGCACUCUUUUUAAUGUCAUACUGUGAAAGUAAAUCAUUCAAAACUUUUGUUGUGGUACCUGAGAGAGACACCCACAAGAUUCACAAGGAAUGUUUUAAACCAAGUCAUCUGGAUGUGAUUGUCAUUUACAGAAAAGACCUUCCAUCAGUUGUUCAGAGCUGUCGCUUGCCUGCUGUUGUAGAGGCAUCUGGCGCAUUCUGCAGAGCCGGUCUGGCUGUAGUGCUGAGACACAUCAUACAGAAAACACACCUUGCUGAUCCCUCCAGAAAGGAUGUCCUUGAGCUCCUUGGUUUUAAAAAAACUUGCUUAAAGGCCUGUGCAGAGGUGAGCCAGUGGACCAGGCUCUGUGAGAUCAGCAUCCCAUUAGCUGUGGAGUCCUUCUUGAAAGAGCCAUCUGCCAUCAUUCCCCUGGAAGUUCUACAGCUAGAGAGAAAGUUAGGAGAGCCGGUCAGAGUUCACAAUGAUGACAAGAUACGACGUCAAAAGAUGAAGCAGCAAAUAAAGUCAAAUGCAGUUACAGACAAAGAUGAAAUACAGACGGAACCCUCACAAAGUAGCCAUAAGCAGCCUCCCAGCUUGGAAUUACAAGCAGCUCUGUCUAAACUGAGUGUUCAAGAAACCGUAUCAAGAACCACAAGAGAGCCCGCCAACAUCAGGAAAACAAAUACUGCAGACCUCCCUCCCCUUGAACAUGUGUUUGUUGAAGGCCUCUACUUUACUCUUACUGAUGUUGUCCUAUUGCCAUGUAUCCAUCAGUUCCUGGUUGCUCUCCACAAAGUAUCACCAGAGAAGACCUAUGAGCUUCCUCUAAUAACUGGUUGGUAUAAACGUGUCCAGCAGGUGCCGGGUGUGUGUAGUGCAGCUACAGCUUGCAAUAUUACCUUUCUCCAAUUCCCUGAUGUGCCUACACAACAUAUACAACAGCCACUGUCAUGCAAAGCAGAUGCAGAAGAAAACGUUUUACCAGAAAAACAUUUUUUAGGAGGCCCCAGACCAACCAUGACAAAGCUCAAAGAGCAUGGUAUUGAGGCAAUGUUUUCUUCUCAUCCCUGCCCAUCCAAGACCAUUGAUUGGGAACAACUCCCACCAGCAGUGCGCCCAUCAGAAGGUAAAAUGUCCAAUGACCGGGCACUGAGAAAACAACAGCAGCUAAAUAGUCUCUUAUCGGUAGUGAUUAAUAUGGCUAAACCAGACAACACUAUUGUGGAUUUUUGCAGUGGAGGGGGUCAUGUUGGGAUUGUCUUGGCUUAUAUGCUGCCAUUAUGCCAGAUUGUUCUGAUAGAAAAUAAGGAAGAAUCUUUGAUGCGUGCUAGGGAAAGAAGUAAUGGAUUAGGAUUAACAAACAUCUGGUUCAUUCAAGCAAAUCUGAAUUAUUUUGCAGGCAAUUUUAAUAUUGGGGUAGCGCUGCAUGCAUGUGGAGUAGCAACAGACAUGGUGAUCGAUCACUGCAUCCUUUCUAAAGCAGCAUUCGUCGUCUGCCCAUGCUGCUAUGGCUUUAUCCAGAAUACAGUCAAGACUACAUUUCCACGAAGUUGCCGCUUUCAGAAAGCUCUGACUUAUAAGGAACACAUGGUUCUAUGUAGAUUUGCGGAUCAGACCGAGGUCAAGCUUUCCCAAGAGCGAAGGCUAAUAGGGAAACAUUGCAUGGGUUUGGUGGACUUGGAUCGGGCGUGGGCUGCUGAACAAUAUGGCUAUAAAGCUGUGGUCAUCUCAAUGGAACCAGAAAGCUGCUCACCAAAGAAUAAUUUGAUUGUGGGGUCUCCCAAUUAAAUGUUUUUUUUUAUUUCUUAAAACAAUUUGGUUAUAAGCUUUGAAAAAAAAAAAAAAUGUCAUAUGUACUCUGUAACAAUACCUGUCAAUAAUCCAAUUAAAAUCAGUCAGUUCAUUAUAAGGCACUUUUGUAAGGACAGAAGACAACUAUUGAUCUGCUUGUACAUUCAUUUUCCUACCCCAAGCAUGGCCUAGAAGUGUUAGAAGUGUUCCGACGGAACAGCCCGAGGGACAGAAGAACUCCUGUAAUUUGGCUACAUGCAUGUGAUGUCAUAUUAAGCAAAGGAGCUUCCACUUUUUCCAUGUGUGGCCAACAUUAGACUCGUGUGCUGACAAUUACAACAUCACAGAUUUUUCUGCCACACCUCUAAGGUCUGAGAAGGACCAUGGUGGUCAUUCCGAGUUGUACACUCGUUGCCGAUUUUCGCUAUGCUGCGAUUUGUUGCUAACUGCGCAUGGUACGCAGAGCGCAUGCGCUAAGUUAUUUAACACAAAACUAGAUUUGCUGGUGUUCAAGCGACGUUUUUCAGUCGCACUGCUGAUCGGUGAAUGAUUGACAGGAAAGGGGCGUUUCUGGGUGGUAACUGAGCGUUUUCCGGGAGUGUGCCUAAAAACGCAGGCGUUUCAGGGAAAAACGCGGGAGUGUCUGGAGAAACGGGGGAGUGGCUGGCCGAACGCAGGGCGUGUUUGUGACGUCAAACCAGGAACUAAACGGACUGAGGUGAUCGCAAUCUAGGAGUAGGUCUGGAGCUACUCAGAAACGGCAAAUAAUUAUUUAGUAGCAAUUCUGCUAAUCUUUCGUUCGCUAUUCUGCUAUUCUAACAUACACUCCCAGAGGGCGGCGGCCUAGCGUGUGCAAUGCUGCUAAAAGCAGCUAGCGAGCAAACAACUCGGAAUGAGGGCCCAUAUGUAAUGCAUGUGGCUACAAUUUGCAGAGGAAAUGUUCUGAACACCAGCAAUUCGUGGCCAUUGCAAUAAAUUGACUUGUCCGCUAUGUGGCUUUUAUUGCUUCAGGCUUCCCAUCUAUGAAGACAUAAAAAAACAAAUGAGAGAGGUCACAUUGUUUUUAGUGAGUUCUAUUUUUAUGUCAGGGCAGCUAAAAGAAUGGUCAUCUAUUAUUUGUACUUUUUCUUAUUCAAAUGUAAGAUGACAAUGUUUAUCUACAAAAUGCAUAUGUAUGCCAGAUAACAGUGAACAAAUGUAAGUAUAUAUUUACAUAAUGAGAUAUUAAACUUUAGAAAUAAUGACAAA